GGGAGGAGAGGGGGAGUUGGCAGGAGAGUUGAAACAGAUAUUGUGAUCAGUAUGGCAUUUGGUGAGGUGGUGAGCAAGGUCAAGCCAUAUUUGGCUAUGGUGUUCUUGCAGUUUGGGUAUGCUGGGAUGUUUGUCAUCUCAGUGGCGUCGCUCAAGCACGGCAUGAAUCACUAUGUGCUUGUGGUGUAUCGGAAUGCCGUCGCCGUGGCUGUCGUCGCUCCUUUUGCCCUGUGGUUUGAGAGGAAAGUGAGACCCAAGAUGACCCUCUCCAUCUUCCUCAAAACAAUGGCGCUGGCACUUCUUGAGCCUGUGCUUGACCAGAACUUCUACUACGUGGGGGCCAACUUAACCUCCGCAAGCUUCGCUUCCGCAUUGUUUAACAUCCUCCCUGCAAUCACCUUCCUACUGGCCAUUGUUCUAAGGAUUGAGAACAUGAAUCUAAGGCGACGACGUAGCCAAGCAAAGCUUGUGGGAACUAUCGUUACGGUGGCAGGCGCUUUGCUCAUGAUAUUAUACAAAGGUCCAUCGUUAGAUUUUGUAUGGUCCAAAGGGCGAAGCCAUCAUAAUACUGCGGUCAGUCAGAACGGCAGCAACUCGCUCAAGGGUACCCUCAUGCUGCUGGGUGGUUGCUUCUGUUGGUCUAGUUUCUUCAUCCUACAAUCGAAUACACUAGAGUCAUACCCUGCCGCGCUCACCUUAACCACCUUGAUAUGCCUCAUGGGAACACUGAUGAGUAGCCUGGUUGCUCUUGUGGCGGAACGGGGCAGUGCCAAGCCUUGGAUCAUCGGUUGGGACACACGACUCCUCGCUGUUGUUUAUUCUGGGGUGCUUUGCUCUGGUGUCGCAUAUUACGUGCAAGGUAAAGUGAUGAAAGAGAGAGGGCCAGUCUUUGUCACUGCUUUCAACCCUCUUUGCAUGAUUGUAACAGCUGUCUUGGGCUCUAUCGUUCUAGCAGAGGAGAUCACUCUGGGAAGUGUUAUUGGUGCAGCUGUCAUAGUUAUUGGCCUCUACUCCCUUAUAUGGGGCAAGAGCAAGGAUCACUUGAACCAGCCCUCCGAGGGCAGUGAGAAGAAAGGAGAGUUCGAGUUGCCAACGGCUAUUGCCGACGCUGGAAAAUCUGGUCGUAACAACCAGGCCACUACUGUGGAGAUUCCUUGAGCAGUGAACCAAGCCUUUCUCGGAAAAUAGCAUGCUUGCAUAUAUGCGUGGUUGUCUCUCUCCCUCUGUUUUUUUUUUUUUUGAUUGAAAUAAGUGUUUCAUGCAACUUGAGGUUAUGGAACUUUGUGAUGGAUUUUAGCGUGAGCAUAAUUAUAGUGCAUCUUGGGUAAUAAAUUGUAAAUGGCAGGAUGCCACCAUACACCUGGUAA